AUGCUCAAUUGCAAACUGAAUUACGGAGAGCAUAUAAUAAGGGCGGCUGACAAGGCGGCAAUAGUUGUAGCCACGCUGGGCACACUCAUGGCCUAUGUCAACGACCCCCGGCCAUGCACUAGGCUAAUAAAUAUUUGUGCCGCCGACGCAGUCAUGCUGUACGGCGUAGAAAUAUGGGCCAAGGCGCUGCGAAAGGAGAAAUAUCGCAAGCGCAUAGCCGCGGUACAGAGGUGGGGCGCUCACCGAAUCGCGUCGUCCUACUGCACGGUCUCUGAAUCCGCUGUGGUAGUGGUCGCGGGAGUAAUUCCGAUAGAUCUUCUAGCCUGGGAGAGACAAUUCGUCCACCAGCAGAGGUCCGUUUUGGGUAAGGAGGAGGCAUCAAGGCUCUCCAGGUCUACCAGCAUCGAGAUCUGGUAA